CCAAAGCAAGUCAAUAUUUAGAUCCGAUGCGACUCGACUCGAGACUCGCCCAUCAUUCAUAGAAAAUUACCUCGGAUAUAGGCUUUCUUCUCAACAAAAGAUUCUAAGUUAAUUGAGAAGGAGAAAGCAGAAGAAGUUGAUCGAUCGAGGAACACCGCUGUGCAGGUAGACUCUCGUGGGUAGGUCGUUGAUGAAGGCUAGAAAGAGGAACGCCCCAAAACACACUCUUGUGGAACUCCUGAUCAUCUCGAUUAUCAUCAUGGCGGAGGCCAAUAGUGGGAUCAAGUACAACAUUCUCAACAAGCCUCGAUCAGCCUUGGAUCUAGCUGCAGAAUUGCAAAGGUGUAUCCUCAAAAUCAAAGCUUCGUGUAUGUCAGAAGACGGAUCUGGUGUGGACUACUUCAAACUAUGUGAGAGUGACCUCUACAUUGACUAUCAAGCAAAAACAAGAGAACUCAAUAGCAUUGACCUUCGACCCCUGACCUCGGAUCAGAGGAAAGCAUUCUUCAUCAACAUCUACAACGCUCUGACGAUUCAUGCCUUAGCAGCCCAGCCAGAACUGCCUAGUACUGUUCUUGAGGUCCAGGACUUCUGGAAGACCAGUUCAUACACCAUUGCUGGUCAGGUCUAUUCCCUGGACGACAUCGAACAUGGUAUCCUGAGAAAGAAUAAGCCACACCCUUCCACCAAGAAGAGCUGUUUCCAAGAUAAUGACCCCAGGUUACCUUACAUGGUUGACAUCUUAGAUGCUAGGAUACACUUUGCUCUUAACUGUGGUGCUGAGUCCUGUCCUCCAAUCAGCGUAUACACAGAGCAGAACCUUGAGAGAGCUUUACAGAUGGCUUCAAGAAACUACCUGAACCAGGAGGUAACGGUAGAUACUGACUCCAAACAGAUCAACUUGCCAUCACUUUUGAAAUGGUAUGGAAGUGAUGCUGCUGAGACGGAUGUUGAUGUUGUCAGAUGGACCAUUCCAUUCCUUGAAGAGGGGAAGGCGGCUCAAGUCCAGGAGCUUAUCACACUAAAGGAUUCAGGGUCAAAGGUCACGAUAGGUUAUAGGCCAUACAGCUGGAAAAUCAACUCGAUUCAAAUAGGAGAGGAAUCUGUUUCCGGUGAAAGCAAGGAGAAAUGCAGCAAGAUGUAAAGUGACUGUUCAGUUAUGUGGAUUAAUUCUUUGUAAGGAGACAUUAACGUGAUACAUGUAUAAUUCUCGCUAUCGCCACUACGGUAUUCAACCGUAGAGGGCAGCAUGCACUGGCCAUGGGUAUAUAUGGCAAAGACACUUCUGGAUCUUAUACAAAUUUAAUGUGUCAAUUAAAAUCGACUUGCGCCAAAGUAGCUUAUGUGAUAUUUGAAUUAAACAAUUAGGAUUUGGGUAUUAAUUCGGUCUUU